CGCAAUUUGCAAAUGGCCGUGAAAAGGACCGAUCUUGAGGGUGUAUGAAAAGCUAAUGGUGGAUUGUUCCGUGAUAAAAACUUGUGAAAUAUCCUUGUUUUAGUGUGGUGAUAUUGAAAAGAUACAAAAUGUGCCAAAAAGUGGUUAUCCAAUCUUAAUGGUGAUAUAGAAAUCGCCCGAAAAUCGCUGGAGCGUCGAUCGAAGGGACAUUGCUGACAGAAGGAUCGGUGCGUUGCGUGUUGUACGUGCGCGGCGCGCGGUUGUCGAUCGUCUGUUCCACGUGAGCUGUGUGUGACGCGUGUAUCAAUCAUGAACGAGCUGGACAGCCUACGCCAGGAGGCGGAAACCCUUAAAAACGCUAUUAGAGAUGCGAGGAAAGCCGCAUGCGACACGUCGCUGGCCCAGGCCACCUCGAACCUGGAGCCGAUCGGUCGCAUACAGAUGCGCACCCGACGAACCUUGCGCGGUCAUCUCGCGAAGAUCUACGCCAUGCACUGGGGCAGCGAUUCCAGGAACUUGGUGUCGGCCAGUCAGGAUGGUAAGCUGAUCGUGUGGGACAGCCACACGACCAACAAGGUGCACGCGAUCCCGCUGCGCUCGUCCUGGGUGAUGACCUGCGCCUACGCCCCCUCGGGCUCCUACGUCGCUUGCGGUGGACUGGACAACAUCUGCUCGAUUUAUAGCCUGAAGACGCGCGAGGGCAACGUGCGCGUGUCCCGCGAGCUGCCCGGCCACUCGGGCUACCUGUCCUGCUGCCGCUUCCUCGACGACAACCAGAUCCUGACCAGCUCCGGCGACAUGACCUGCGCGCUGUGGGACAUCGAGACCGGGCAGCAGUGCGGGCAGUUCACGGGCCACACCGGUGACGUCAUGUCGCUGUCGCUGGCGCCGGACCAGCGCACGUUCGUGUCCGGCGCGUGCGACGCGUCCGCCAAGCUGUGGGACGUGCGGGACUGCACGUGCAAGCAGACCUUCCCGGGGCACGAGAGCGACAUCAACGCGGUCACGUUCUUCCCGUCCGGGUUCGCGUUCGCGACGGGCUCCGAUGACGCCACGUGCCGCAUGUUCGACAUCCGCGCCGACCAGGAGCUCGCCAUGUACUCGCACGACAACAUCAUCUGCGGCAUCACGUCCGUCGCCUUCUCCAAGUCGGGCCGCCUGCUGCUCGCCGGCUACGACGACUUCAACUGCAACGUGUGGGACUCCAUGAAGAGCGAACGCGCCGGCAUCCUGGCCGGCCACGACAACCGCGUGUCGUGUCUCGGCGUCACCGAGAACGGCAUGGCGGUGGCCACCGGCUCCUGGGACUCCUUCCUGCGCAUCUGGAACUAAACAUCUCACACAAACAAACACCUAAACACACACCCAAACAUAUGUCGCAUGAUUAGUCAAACAUCGAUCGAUCUAUAUAUGUAUAUCUAUAAAAGUUAAUGUCUGUAUGUUCGUCUUGUACGCCGAUUGAGUUAAAGCUUUGUAUAGUUGUGGACGGCUGCGUGAAUGUUUCGGACCUAGUACCUAGCACGAUAGGUGGCGCGCGAGUGCCUCGUGGAGCGAUGGUAACGACAAAGUGAGGCACGAUUUGACUAGCAUUCAAUGUACCAAUUUAUUGUUCAGCCGAUUUACACGUGAGCUCAUUGAUUGAAAUUUAAAUGUAUCUGACAAACGAGAUGGUACUAAAAAGCAUUUAUGGAGAUAAUAAUGUGAAGGCAACGUAUGAAUUACAACUAUUGUCUUUUUUUUUUGUUGUUGUCUCUGAACUUUAUAUUACGUAUAUAGAAGAUUUUAUUGAACAACGUUUGAGCAUAACGAAUGUUUCUCUAAACAUGUGACAUAGUGUAAAGUCAUUAGUGUCCCUUUUUUUUAUAAUGAACUUUUAUCGAUUUUGGUUAGUCAGCGGUUGCGGCCCCUCGUCGAUAGAUGGCGCUUUAACGUCUUGUCGCUCGUGAUCGACGUAAAAUCUCGAAUCGCGUUCAAAGGAUAGCGAAUAAACGCACCAAAACGUUCGAUAAAGUUAAUUAUAUAGAUCACGUUUCGUGCGUCAGGUCGGGGCGCGGUGUGUCCGUCGGUCCGUAUAUUUAGUUCCCUACAAUCGAAUAGCGUCGCCAGCCUCCCGAACGCGGCGCGGUUAUCGAGAAGCCCCUUU